AUGAAGUUCGCUAUCCCUGAAAUAUCGUGGCACAACAGAGAUCCUGUACUGAGUGUGGAUUUCCAACCAAAGGCUGAGUCUACAGAACCAUUACGACUUGCAACUGGAGGCACAGAUUCUCAUGUUUUGAUCUGGUACAUUUCAACCACAGAUACAGGUUCAGUAAACUUAGAAGUUGCAGCUGACCUCACUCGCCAUCAAAAGGCUGUCAAUGUGGUACGAUGGUCACCUAAUGGCCAGUUCUUGGCAUCAGGUGAUGAUGAAUCUAUUAUAUUUAUUUGGAAGAAGACUGAUAAAGAACCGGCGCCAGUAAUGGAACAGAGUGAAGAACAGUACAAGGAAUCCUGGGUUAUUCACAAGACAUUAAGAGGUCACAUGGAGGAUGUGCUAGAUAUAUCCUGGAGUGCCAACUCUUUGCACCUUGCCUCUGGCUCAGUAGACAAUAAACUCCUCAUCUGGGACCUAAACAAAGGGAAGUACAGCACCAUACUGACAGACCACAAAGGAUUUGUACAGGGAGUCUCAUGGGACCCCAAGAACCAAAUGAUUGCUACUGCUAGUUCAGAUAGAGUAUUCCGCACAUUUGAUGUGACUUCGAAGAAGGUGACAUCCCGCAGCAGUAAGGCAAUCUUACCAUUCCCCUCUGAACAUCCUCUACAUGAUGUCAAAGUCAGACUGUAUCAUGAUGACACACUACAGACUUACUACAGGAGACUUCAGUUCAGUCCAGAUGGGCUGCUACUGGCAGUUCCAUCGGGACGCAUAGAGCCUGAGCAAGGCAAGGUGGACAUCAAGCCUAUUAAUGCUGUCUACAUCUACACAAGAUACUCUUUGAAAGUUCCAGCAUGCAUCCUACCAUGCGGUGAAGCAGCACUGGUGACGCGCUGGUCGCCUCGCAUGUAUGCACUCCGCGAGGGUGGCCCGGCCCCCGCCUUCCCAGCCACAAGACGUAUGAUACUCGCCAUUGGAACGAAGCGAUCUGUAUUAUUAUACGACACGCAGCAGAAAACACCCAUAGCUCUCAUCAACAAUAUACAUUACACAAGGUUAACAGACCUGACAUGGUCUCGGGACGGCCGCACGCUAGUGGCAUCCAGCACGGACGGCUACUGCUCUGUCAUCACCUUCGCUGAGGGCGAACUGGGAGAAGUACUUCCUGAAGAAGUAGCUCCCGAACCUACCACCACUCCAGCACCAGAACCUAUGGAAGUUGAAGAACAACCAGUGGAAACACCAAAAGUAGAAGUAGAGACACCACAAGUCAAAGAAACAAAAUCAGCAGGCAAGAUAGACUCAUUCAUUAAGUUCAAGGCACCAGAAAAAUCUAAGAAACAGAAAACUGAGCCAGAACCUAAAACACCAGUCAAAAUAGAUGUCCUGGAAGAAGUGGCUAUGCCAUCGUGGUCAGAUAACAGUAAUAAUGAAAUUAUCAAACCUAAAGAUCCAGAAGUGAUGAUUGUAGAUGAUAGUGAAGACAUCAAAUUAGUUUAUGAGGAAACUGAAGGAGCCAAAUCUACAUCAACAUCUCCAGAUUCACCUAAAACAUCAGUAAAAACUGUAACAGAGAAAAGUCCUGAACAGAGCUCUCCAAAACCUAAUAAGACUGAAGAAAUCUCUAAAACCUUACUUGGCACACCUAGUAGUAGUAAUGCCAAGGGCACAAGCCAGCCAACUACUCCUAAAAGUUCAGUAGAAAACUAUUUUAUGAAGCAAGCUAAAGUGACUGAUGUAAAGGACCAAGCUGCCAAGUCUGCUCCGAGCCCGAAAGCUCCGCGGCGAGUUAGUUUCGUCACACUGUCAAGCCCUAAAAAUGCUAAGAAGAAAUAG